CGGCUUCGAAUUCUUCGACGAUCACUAUUUAAGUAUUUAUACUAUUUCUUCACGCCCGCCGCUUCAAGUCUUCUCACAGAAGGAGAGGCACCCAGCCUUAACCUAAUCUUUGCUCUCAGUCCAAUCCCUUUCGAUUUACUGCAAGUGCAGACCUUCACAGACGGUUCAACACUCCCUCCGAGAGUUCCCUCCCACCGAGGAGUUAGAUUUUUCGAAAUGCAGGACACGGCAAGCCCUGAUCUGGAGACGUUCCUCGGCAUCCGCUUUCUUAUCAGUGGCGUCGAUCCUUCCGAUCAGGUUCGAUCCAAGCUUUUGAGUCGCGGCGGAGUUGAGGCUCAGGAUUUUACUCAUCUAAUAGUGGACAAUAAUACUAUAUAUGAUGAUCCGGCCUGUGUUUCUGCAAGAAAUAAUGGGAAGACAGUGGUCACGAAGUUAUGGGUCGAUCAUAGUUCUCAUUUUGGAUGGGUUGUCGAUUCAACUAAAGUGAUUUAUCAACCCCCAAAAGGUUUGAAUGGGAUACCAGGUGCUAAGCAUCUCAUAAUUAGCUCAACUGGGUACAGUAUCAAAGAACGAGAGAAUAUUAUGACUAUGGUUCGCCUCAUGGGUUCGCAGUUUUCCAAGAUCUUGGUGUCCCACGAAACCACUCAUCUCAUAUGUUAUAAAAAUAAAGGUCCAAAGUACGAUGUUGCAUGUAGGUACCAGAUAAAGAUUGUCAAUCCUCGCUGGUUGGAAGAUUGCUUGAGGACCUGGAAGCUCCUCCCAGAAGAUGAAUAUAAUAAGAGUGGCUAUGAGAUGGAAUUGAUGGAAGCUGAAGUCAGGGAUUCAGAAGAUGAUGUGUCUGAUGGUACCUCUCUCAAGCUGCGUAGCAGCUGCAUUGUAAACCAAAGCCCGCAGAUUACGAGAAAUGCAUCUUCAAAGACCAGCAACUUGUCGGAAUCAAUUUCUGAAGUACCUGCACUGCCGGUAGGGCCUGAUGGUUUCUUGAAUGUCCACAAUGAGACAUUAACCACUCCGGUCACUAAGAGAAAGGUGGAUACAACAUCUCAUUUAACAGAUCCCUCUGGUAGAACUCCAGGUUCUGCAGAGGCGGCUGAUAAGGUAGACGCUGUCUAUAUGAGUUUUAAAAAACCUUCAGAUUCUAAUAUGAAGUCGAGCGUUGCUCCAGUAGAUGGGGAAAGAGAACUUAUAGUUGAUCAAAGGAUCGAUCUCAAGGGUACGUCUGGGUUUACUGAUGAUGAGAACGGGCAUCCUGAUGAAGCAUUUGAUCAAAGUGAUGUACUUGUGAAAGAGAGGAUGGAUACGGUCGGUUUGGCAGCUAUAGAAAAGGAAUUCCAAGAAGUUCAACUAAUGGAGAAAAAUUCCAUUGCCUCUGAAGUGGAUCAUGCGGUGGAGGAUCCACAAAAGAGAGAUAAAUCAAUCUCAGAACAAGAUGGCGAUACAAAGACAAGUGAAACUCAAUGGCUACCUUCAAGUAAGAGCAAGAGAAAGGCAGUUGACAGUGUUAAUGAUAAUUCCUUCAACUCUACCAAAGUGACGGGGAAAGAAGAGCAGCAUGCUGCAGAAGGCAUACUCGAGAGAGAGCCACCUGCAAGUUGUCGUCCAAGUGUCAACAAGAUAUCUAGGAAAAGGACACACGGCGCUAUGGAAGCGGUCAAGGAGAAUAAAGCUGUCGUUGAAUCACAUAGUACUGGAAGCAAUGCUGGAAAGCAUGUUGAAAUGUGUAUGACGACAGCCAAUGGUGGUGAUCAGAUAGCUCCAGAAGGCAAACCUGCUUCUGCAGGUGGAGAAAUCUCCAGCCAUGCUGAGAGACAACCAAUGUGCUUCAUGUCGAGUGGGCAGAGUAGGCCGCAGAGGAAGGAGCUUAAGAAUGCUAUAAAAGAUAUGAAGGGGCAAUCUUUCCUGAACUCUCGCCAAUGGUCAAACCAGGUAACUCAUUUAGUUGUUGCCGAUCCUCUCCGCAGAACAGAAAAGGUCUUCGCUGCUGCUGCCUCUGGGAGGUGGAUUCUCAGUACAGACUAUCUGUUGGCAUGCUGUAAGGAAGGAAGGUUUCUUCCCGAGGAGCCUUAUGAAUGGCACAAGAAAGGGGUUAAUAAAGACGGCUCUAUAAAUUUAGAAUCCCCCAGGAAAUGGCGAUUGCUAAGAGAGAAGACAGGGCACGGUGCAUUUCAUGGUAUGAGGAUUGUCAUUUAUGGAGUAUGCAUCGACCCCCCUUUGGACACACUGAGGCGAGCAGUGGAGGCAGGCGACGGGGAGAUACUGGCAACCGCCCCACCUUACACCCGUAUCCUCAACUCGCGGAGGGUCGACUAUGCCAUCAUCUCCCGUGAAACCCCAUUUGAAGACGUAUGUGUACAAGAGUUUGGAAGGCUCGAGAUACCCUGUGUCACAGCUGAUUACCUGGUGGACUAUGUGUUCAGAGCUGGCUCCACGCUGGACAAGCAUGUUCUCUUCGACAACCAGGAAUGGGCAGCCAAGUCUUUCAGCAACCUGGCGAGGAAGGCAGAGGAGAUCGUCAACCCUGCAGCAGCUUCUUCGCCCAAGCGGAAGAAGGAGACGUCCAGCUGAUUUCAAUCAAGGGAAACUUGGGUUGAUUUGUUUCCCUAUGUUAAAAACACUUUUGUUUACUUAACUAGGAGGGUUGACAAGAGUUUUCCCUAUGUUAAAACACUUUUGUUUAAGUUCUCUAUAUUUUUUUUUUGUUUUUAUCAGAAGUCUUGAAAGUUCGGGGGAUCAUGAGAGAUUUUUAGCAACCGAUUAAGAAAAUGGUUAACUUUUG